GAAGUCAUUUUUGUCUCCAUGGACGUCGAGUCUUUUACGCACACUAGUGGUCACACUGAAAUCAGCCUGUUAAUCUGCAACACUGAGGACUUGGUCGGCUUGGAGCCUGUCUCUGACUGUGACAUAUAGAUGAUUAGAGUUAAGACGGUCUUGUUUCGGUCAACGAUCUCCCUCUGGCGUGGAGAGCAUACGCGCGUGAUGGUUCCAACUAGUUCCACUCCGACAGCAUUACUGGCUCAAGGCUAUUGGUUGCAAAAGCUGAUUCGAGACACAGGGCUGUAUAGCGAUGCUCAAAAUCCAGGGCAGCAAUGUUCAGGGCCGAAAGACUCAAUGUCCAUUUGUCACCUAGCCUUGAGCGGGUGGCAGAAGGGCACGUUGCGAAUAACAAGACUCGGUCUUUUUGGUCUACUGCAGCGUCUAUCUUCGUGUUAGCGUCUGUAGAUGUCUAAGGAGGAGAAGGUAUGAGACCAUAUCGAUUGGCCUCACACAACAAUGCUGCCUACCCCGUGUUCCACGUGCUCCGACAGUUAGGGGUAUGAACUGCCUUGUCUAAUGACAUCGAGUCGCCUCUA